AUGUCAAUUUACAUGGAUGACUUGUGUGACGAGUACGAGGAAAUUUCGCUGAGCGGUUGUUCCUACUCAGACAGAACCAAGGCCCUUUGUCACAAGUACGAGAAUAUGAUUGACUUUAGCAUGAUAAACCGCGAUCAGAUUCGUGACAAGGGUGAUCGAGCAACAACUGAACAUGCUCUGGACAAACGUUCAGUUGCCAUUUUGUACAAAAUGAUGAGUCAAGGCGAAUUCGCUGUAAUUAAUGGAUGCAUAAGCACCGGCAAAGAAGCUAAUGUCUAUCAUGCGAUCAAUCCAAAGGGAGAUCUGGCAAUUAAGGUGUAUAUGACUUCAAUUCUUCCUUUCAAGUCUCGAAGCAAGUAUGUAGAGGGGGACUUUCGCAUGCGUCAUGGCUACUCCACUUGUAGCUCCUGGAGGCUUGUUUCUAAAUGGGCCGAAAAAGAGUAUCGGAAUCUCCUACGAAUCAACAGGGCCGGCAGCAUACCUGCUCCAGCGCCCGUUAAACUGAAAGGCGUUGUUCUUCUCAUGACUCUAAUAGGGAAAGAUGGGUAUCCUGCACCAAAACUCAAAGACGUCGCGUCUGGUGACUGGUCUGAAUUUGGUCCCCCUCCUGAUUGGCCUGCAAUAUACCGACAGAUUCUUCAGAAUGUGCGGACUCUCUUUCAGAAAUGUCGUCUUGUCCACGCUGAUCUUAGUGAAUAUAACCUUCUCUAUAUGGAUGGUCAAGCAUGGUUCAUUGACGUGUCACAGGCAGUAGAGCACGAAUGCGAACAAGCUCUUGAGUUCCUUCGAAAAGACUGCUAUAAUGUGAAUGCCUUUUUCAGACGACAAGGUGUAAGCACGCUAACGCUACGUGAAUUUUUUGAGUGGGUAGUGGAUCCCACUUUGUCGGAGGAGGUAGAGGAGGCCUCCAUUUAUCUGGAUAGGCUUCUCACUCGUGCAGAGACGCGUGGAUUUAAUCGGACAUUGGAGAUUGAAGAUGAUGCCUUCCGGCGUGUCUAUGUGGCACGCAGACUUGAGGAUGUCAAAAGAUUCUUUAGCGACUUUAAGCGACUCAAAAUGGGCCUAAUCAAGCCAGAGGAUCUAUACUAUACUGCCGUUACUGGUGUGCGACCUGAACUUCCAGGAGAAGGAAGUGCUGGAAAGGCUGUGCAAGUGGGGAACGAAAGCAGCGAACAGGAGUGUAGGGGUAAGGUGGUGAUGGAACUUGAGGAAGAAGGAGAGAGCAGAGGAGCUGGAAAGGAAAGCGAAGGGAUACGGGUCCCUCUGCGUAAUGUCAGCCGACGUCCACGUGACGAGUCUCUGGCGAGUAAACGCUCUCGCAAGAAGGCUGUUCAAGCUGAAAAGGCCGAAAAGAGACUGACUAAAAUCCCCAAACACGUGAAAAAACGUGCUAAAAAAAUAAAGGCGUUGUGA